UGCGGAAAUGGUGUGAAGUUACACUACACGGGACACUUUCUUAACGCCCUUGAAAUCAGAGACCAAACAAAGGUAUUUGUGAAGGGAAUUAGUUUAAAUUAAACCUAAUCCGUAUAUCCCUUCGUGUCGCUUAAGCGCUAAUGAUUUCUCGAAACCGUCGUUCUAAAUUGAAAGUUUUCUUAACGAUUGGCUAAGUUAAUUUACGCGUCCACGACUAAAUAGAUUUCCAAUACAUAUAUCCAUAGGCAAGUAAGCUAUACAUUAUGCUUCGGUAUGUAUCAUUACACCAUGUCAGCUCGGGACUACAGGAGAAUAAAAUUACCAUUACAUUGCACGCGAGCGCAGCAGCGGGCAAAACAUCGCGGAAUUAUUCAACUGACGGCUCCGUGCAUACGUUUGAUAAAUGUGUGAAAUAUGUACUUUAUGUCGUCCUAAUCAGUGCCAGGCCGUGCCACCGACUAUUUGGACAAAAAAUUGCCAUCUAUGAGACUCCCGCCUUUCCUCGUUGGGAUUCCGAACGAGGAGGUUCUUUAUCGUUGCCAUGGCAACGUGCGACAAACACUGCCAAACAUUCUCAUUGAGUAGCGAUCAAAACGGGUCGGCUAACGAUUAUGCACGAGUGAUGUAUGACGAGACGGUUAACGUGGUUAACGCUAGAGAGAUCGACAGCCCGUCGAGUGACGAGGAAGUGGUAAAAGCAACGAUGUCCAAAUUUAAUCCGCCAGUAAGGCACACCGCCAGGCAUGACUUCGAUUCCGACAGUGAAACCGAGUCCGAGGGCGACAAGUUUCUGGAAAAUAUGUCCGGCGAAGAUCAGUCACCGGAUAGAAAGUCGCAGCCUUCAGAAAAAUCAAUGGAAGCCCCCAAAGUGAGCAGGGCUGACCUUAUGAAGGAGACUAGCGGCAGAUCCAGGCCUGUCGCGAAACGUGAAGAUUCGUCUAAUUCAGACACAGACACAGGGGACUUAGAACCUGAGCGAGUGGAUCCGAUGUUGGGCAGUGGCCGUAAAAGAGGUGGUGUGGUCAUACCUGCUGAAGGGGCCUACGAUCCCAAGAAUUUCUUGGACUUGAAGGUGCCUCCGGAAAUGGAGAACAUCUUCCAAUAUAUUAUGAAAUACACACCUCAGAAGAUAGACAUAGACCUGAAACUGCAGCCGUUUGUACCGGAGUAUGUGCCUGCUGUAGGCGACAUAGACGCGUUCAUCAAAGUCACCACCCCUGCCUGCAACGUGCGCGCGGCAGCCCUCGCCGACCACGUGUUGGAACAUAUUGAUAACUUAGGGCUGACGGUGCUGGACGAGCCGGCCGCUGAGCAAAGUGAUGCAGCGUUACUACACCUCCAGCUCAGAGCCAUCUCAAAGACCAGCAGUGCGAAGUCUACUGUGGUAACAAAGAAGAUAGAAAACGCAGAGAAGAAUUCCAAAGCUAUUGAGCGUUGGAUCAAGGAUGUGAGUGAGCUACAUUUGUCUAAGCCUGCACCUACUGUCGCUUAUACAAGCAAAAUGCCCGACAUAGACACAUUAAUGGAAGAAUGGCCGGAAUCUAUGGAGGAGACGCUCAAUGAGGUGGGUUUCCCGCCAGGCAACUUGGACUGCAGUCUAUCCCAAUACGUGGACCUUGUAUGCGGACUGUUUGACGUGCCCAUAGCCGGGGACACAUUGAACGAUAGGAUCCAAGCCCUACACCUACUGUUUAGUUUAUACUCUGCGGUUAAAACGUCGCAAUUAUAUGCCGAAAGACAGAAGGAGAGAAGUGAUAGUAACGCUUAAAGUGGUUAAGAAUAAAUGCGGUUUUGUU